AUGGACAACUCCACCUCUGGGAGCACUUUCUUCCUCACAGGGUUCUCCACAGUCCCAGAGCUCCAGAUCUUGCUUGGCCUGGUCUUUUCCAUGAUUUACCUGGCAGCGGUCCUUGGGAACCUUCUCAUCAUCAUUCUCACCACCCAGGAUCGCAGGCUGCACACUCCCAUGUACUUCUUCCUGAAGAACUUGUCCUUUCUUGACCUCUGCCUCAUUUCCAUCACUGUUCCCAAAUCUAUCACCAACUCUCUGCUCAACACCAACACCAUUUCCUUCAGUGGAUGUGUUUCCCAGGUCUUUUUCUUUUUCUUCUUGGCUACGACGGAAGUAUCUCUCCUGACAGUGAUGUCCUAUGAUCGCUAUGUGGCCAUCUGCUACCCACUGAGAUAUGAGAUCCUCAUGAGCCACAGGGCCUGUGUGCAGAUGGCUGCCUCCUGUUGGGUCAGCGGAGGUCUUAAUGCGAUUCUUCACACAGCUGCUACCUUCUCUGUCCCCAUAUGUGGGCCUCAUAAUAUUCACCAGUUCUUCUGUGAUGUCCCACAAUUGCUUUCCCUGUCCUGUUCUUACAACAUUGGAGAAAUUGUAGUCAUUGGGCUCAGCCUAGUGUUAGACUUUUGCUGUUUUGUGUUCAUUGAUGUUUCUUACGUUCACAUUUUCAUUGCUGUAUUGAACAUGCCCUCCAAAGAAGGCAGAGCCAAAGCUUUCUCUACAUGCCUGCCUCACCUCAUGGUUGUAACUCUCUUUCUCUCUUCUGGGACUUUUGCUUAUUUACGCCCACUGCCUAAGUCUCCAUCAACCUUUGAUUUGAUCGUUUCUGCUUUCUACACUGUAGUGCCACCCACUGUGAAUCCCCUCAUCUAUAGCCUGAGAAAUAAGGACAUGAAGAUGGCUCUAAGGAGGUUGAAAGCCAUUUCUGUCCUUUGA